AGUUGUUUUUUGACCACCUUACUAUAUUUUUCAUAGCUUGCGUGUAUGUAAAAAUUGCUUGUGUGUGUGCGUGCGUGUGCGUAUGUGUGUGUAAGAGCAGGAUGCAGUAUUUAGUGGAUCAAUUUAGAUAGCAUUUUAGGAGCCAGUAAUCUAAACCUGUGACUUAUGUCCUCUACAGGACUUUAUCCAUGACUCUUCUCCGUGUCAUCUUGUUGUCUCCCACCUGAAAUGAAGGAUACUUGUCUUGGGUAGCAGAAACAACUAUUCUGUAACCUUAAAGUUGUGCAGUUUACUGUUUAGUUUUCUAGUCAAUCCUCAAGAUAUGGGAGAGUAUUCCGACCCUAGUACUUACCGCACUGAAAGAAUGGAAACAAACUUCGACGAAGCCCAGGAGGUGCCAACUUGCAGUGGUUACCGUGAUUAUUCUACUAUUUCUGGAUUCACAUAUGACCAGCCCAAGAGACAACGUAUUAAUGAUAGUAUUCAACGUAGGCAACUGAAAGAAGUGAAACUGUCAAUUCCAGCUGCAGGUACUAAAGUUUCUAAUCGCACUGUUAGACGGGCUGGUCCAUAUUUACUUGGCCCAACAUUGGGUAACUCUCCAGUUGAUAGCAUUGUCCAAUGUCUGGCAAGGAAGGAAGGCACUGACAAUUUCUACACUAUUAAAAUUCUUACCCUUCUUGAUGGCGAAAAGAACGAAGAAAGAGAGCAAGAUGAACGCCAGGGGAAGAUGCUUUUACACACCGAGUAUUCUUUACUGUCUCUAUUGAAAAAUGAAGAAGGUGUGGUUCAGCAUCAUGACUUUUUCAAGGAUGUAGCCUUGGAAGAACAUGUGGACAGAUCCAAAGGACUUGUUUACACUGGCCGUGUGCACCAAAGGCUUUGCCUUGUCCUUGAUUGUCUUGCAGCUCAUGACUUUUGUGAAAGAUCUCAAGAACUAGUAAAUUUACAACAUUAUGUCAUUAUUGAAAAGAAACUUUGUGAAUUACAUGCACUUAUUAUAUUUUACAAUGUAGUUAAUGUUGUUGAGAGGCUUCAUGCUAUGAAUGUUGUCCACCGAGAUCUAAAGCUUGGCAACUUGGUCCUUGAUCGAAGAAAUCACAAAGUCACCAUCACUAACUUUUGUCUCGGGAAACAUCUAGCAAGUGAAAAAGAGCGUCUGCAAGACCAAAGGGGUUCUCCUGCCUACAUCUCACCUGAUGUCCUAUGUGGAAAGCCAUACCUGGGUAAACCUUCAGAUAUGUGGGCACUUGGUGUAGUGUUAUUCACUAUGCUGUUUGGACAGUUCCCUUUCUAUGAUUCAAGCCCCCCUCAGUUAUUUAACAAGAUUCGGGCUGCUGACUACACUAUUCCAAGUGAUGGGAGGGUAUCAGAGGGAACAAAGGAACUGAUUCAACGUCUUAUUGUGCUUGAGCCAGAGAUGAGGCUAACUGCAUCUCAGGUUUUGGAUGUACUAUCAACCAUAAUUUCCGCAAGCAGGCCACUGUAUCGUGGAGAAGACCUUCAAGUGGUCCCAGACUGUGACGGUGAUGAACAGGAUGAAGAAAAGGCAAUCUGCAAAGAGACUCAAAAUACAACACAGAUGUCAUCUGAUACAGUUGCUGGUGUUUGCAAAAACACUAUUCGACAGCUGCACAAUUUGCAGAACCAAAUGGAUGAGAUCCAAAGACGAGCAGAAGAAGCCCUUGCCAUGUUGGAGCCAAACCAAAAUAGACUAAGAUCACUUCCAUCACAACAACUUUCAUCAAACUCUAGCAAUCGUCUUCGAUCAGCAUCAGAGUUAUUCUCAUCCACACCUACAGGUAGUUCUAGCGCUGCUCAAGGUCGCGGUACUCCACCAAGCUCUACUCCAGUUCUAAAUAGAGUAUCAUGGCGGAAUCUUCAAACUCGAGUUGGCGGCCGCAUCCCUGUGCACCGAUUGGCAAGUGACGCCAGAGAACUCACUGUGGAAGAAAUGGCCAGAUUCCACAACCUCAUUCCUACAAACCGAGCAUCAGUGAGGCAUGUCCCAUCAUCCAACACUACAUCAACUGCCGCAAGUACUCCUCCGACCCCACAGAGCAGUCGUGAACCAUUACAUAAUAACGCCAUGGCAUUGGAUGCAGUUGUUCAAAGCCUUGGUCCGCUCGUUCCUGCUUCAAGUAUAGUUCAAAGGCUUAACGCGCUUGAUAGCUCUAGAUCCAGCCUGACCCAUCAAGCUGUACCGCAAGGGGUAACACCUCAUGAGCUACAGAGCUUCAUGAGAAAUGCCAGGUCAACUCCAUUGAACACUACAGGAAGACAAACACAACAUGGUCAAGCUCCUAGCCUUGGAAGACAGUCACUUCAAGACCAUCUACAGCUGUUCUCAAGCAGUAAUGCAGCACCUUCAUCUUCUGGCUCUCCACAACAGCACAAUAUACCAACACGUUCCAACAAUGAUCGAUCGCAUCGACAGCGUUUGCAGCGUGCUGUUCCAAAUGACAAUCCAAACCAUGUCAGGCAGCGAGUUGUGCCAAAUGAUGGCCAGACCUUGAAUCAACCAAGAGCCACAAGACCUUACCAACUAUCUCCUAGAGUGCAGAGAAACAUUGCACGUAAUUUAUCAAUGAUCAUACGAACCAGGAUUGGUCAGCACAGGUCUGGCAUGGAUAAUGCUAAUGCUUCAAACAGCAGUGCUAACAAUGCUGAUAGUAAUGGAAACCAGUCAUUUUAAAAUUCCUUUGUAUCUAUGAUUUUCCCUCCUUUCCUCACGUUUAAUCCAACCUUUAUUGUUUCUACAGUAACAUUGCAUGUCUUUUGCCUGUGUUCAGAUAGUGUGAAAUUAAAUUUAUUUGAUCCCCCUAUACUUCCCUUCAAAUCUAAUUAAUUUAUGGUUCCAUUUUUUUUUAUCAAUUUUGAUUGUUUAACAAAAUUUAAAGCAUGCAUAAUUCUUGAAGCUUUUGUCAACAACAUAUAUCAAUCAAAUUGGUGGCUAUUGACAACUAGCAUAUGUGCAGUACAUUACUUCAGUUUUAAUGUACUGCCACUAUUUGUGUUCAAUUGUAUGAAGUAUGGGUUCCGAUGUUUGAAGACUUUCAGUCUGUACUGAUGUGAUAACACUUGUGUGUCAUAUUUGCUUGUUAAUAACAAAAACUUAAAAUUGAACAUUUAAGUUUUAUGUGAUAUAGCUUCUCUUGGGCAUUUUCUAGAAACUCUUGAGGCUGACUUCUAGCGAUUGUAACUGUGUAAUUUGUACAUAAAUUUACUACAGGGUAUUAGUAUUCCCCUCUAUCUCCCAAUCCCCAAUCAUCUACUUUAAUUCACUAGAAAAAUUUAAAAUUUAAUUAGUGGCAAAGUUUUUAUUUGACUAUGUAUGUUAAGUGGAGAUGCUUCAUUUCUACUUAUAUUUUACAGAUACUUAAUUAAAAUUAAAUUUCCAACAAUUUUUUGUUUUGUUUUUGUUCUUGUAGGUUUACGGGUUUAGUAGGAUGCGUACCCCUACCUUCUGUUUGCUGUCAUUUUGUGUUCACCGUGCAUACUACUUUGAUUGUGUUUUGUGCAAGAGACAAUAUGUAUUUUGUCCCCAUCCUUCACUACAGGUAAAUCUACUGUUUGUACAUUUUUUUCCUGUUGUUCUAUGGCCAUACUUUGGUGGACUGUUUAGGUUUUUCCUGACUGCUAUUUUUUUUUGUUAUGUAAAGUCAAUGUGUUUGUAAAUGUCUGUGUCAAUUUCUUAUUCUGUUGAUUAGUUUCUUUGUAGAUCCAUUAAAUGUUUUAUUCAAGAACUUC